AUGAAUCUCAUAAUCCCAACAUAUAUACUAUUAAUAGCAGUAUUGCAGUUAUGUACAUCACAAGACUAUUCACAAUCUACAUACAAACCAGAUGUAAGUUCACCAAGCUCUACAAAUGAUUACCUAAACAAUGACCCUAGGUACGAUAACCCAUAUGACCCUAAUAAAAGGUACCAAAACCGAAAUCAAAACCCUUAUGAUGUGAACCGUAACCCAUAUGACCCAAAUCGGAGUCAGUAUGAUAAAGACCAAAGAUACAACCAGUUUGAGAACAGGAGCCCUGAUUUGAAUUACAACCAGAAUCAGUAUAGUUCUGAGAAUACUCCAAGACCUUCAUGGGACAGUGGAAGAACUUACAGCACUUCAUUUAAAGGUGCAGCAUUGGAACAUGACAGUGUCAUCAUCAAUGAGGCGUAA